AUGCCUGAUAAUGUUAUACCUCGAGAAAUGCUGGCCACAUCGUCCAGCGUAGAUCCUAACCUCAGGUUGGAGAAAAAUAUUCGUCGCCUUGAAGUGCAGCUCCAGAAUUUAAAGGAGGAGCAUGCAAAACUGGCACAGGAGCUUUCUGAGAAGACAGGCCAGCAGAUAAUCCCGGACUAUGAGAAGGAAAUGAAAAGACACAUUCGUCAGUUGAAAAAAUAUAACGAGUUGAAGGAUUUAAGUAUGGGCUUGAUCCAAAUGAUUGCAGAUUCAAGACAGUUGACUUUACGUGAAAUUAUGAAAGAAAUGGAAAUCGAAGAGGACAAAUAG